GGCCGGGCGGGGGCGGUGCCCGGGUUCGAGUCCCGCGUCGGCCCGCACCGCUCCGCUCCCGCCCGCCUCGCCGGGCCCCGCUGGCCGCGGAGAUGGGCGACAUGGAGUCCUACAAGGUGAUGCUGAAUGGGCCGGCACCCUGGGGCUUCAGGCUGCAGGGAGGGAAGGAUUUCAGCAUGCCACUCUCCAUCUCCAGGCUGACUCUGGGUGGGAAGGCAGCCCAGGCCGGUGUUGGAGUGGGCGACUGGGUGCUGUACAUCGACGGGGAGAGCACCAGUGCCAUGACACACAUCGAGGCCCAGAACAGGAUCCGUGCCUGUGGGGACAGGCUCUGCCUCACCUUGAGCAGAGCCCAGAACCAGCUGGGGAAGCCGCAGAAGGUGCUGAGCCUUGACAAGCAGCCCCCACAGCUGCUGGAGUCCCCCAGCACCCCUGUGUGUGACCCUGUGAAGCUGCGGAUGUUAGAGGACAUUGACGACUCAAAGCCCCACAGUUGGACCUCCCAGUCCCGUUCCUUCCGCAAACUGUCCCGCCUGGUGGGCGCAGACGCCAUGGAGGAUGGUGAGGACGAGCUUGUUAAAAAGCCCAGGGAUGCCCAUGGGUCCAGCUGGGGCACAGUGGAGCAGUGGCAGCCUCCACAGCCUCUGGAGCCCCCCAGCACCCCUGGGUGUGAUCCUGGGAAGUUGAGGAUGUUAGAGGACGCUGAGGACUGGCAGCCCCGCACCGGGACCUCGCAGUCCCGCUCCUUCCGCAAGCUGGCCCAGCUGACGGGCACAGAUGGCAGGAUGCCCACGGGUCCAGCUGGGGCACGGGGCAACCUCGGUGAGUGCCAGGUUCUGGCAGAGGUGUUGCCAUGUGCCAGGGCAUCUUUGGGGGUGCUUCCCUGUUCCAGAGCAGGGUCCAGUCCUGGUGCUGAGCUCCUGCCCUCUGUCACUCGCAGACAGCCCCCACAGCCUCUGGAGCCCCCCAGUGACACUGUGUGUGACCCCGUGAAGCUGCGGAUGUUAGAGGACAUUGUCGACUCAAAGCCCCACACUUGGACCUCCCAGUCCCGUUCCUUCCGCAAACUGGCCCGGCUGGUGGGAGCAAACAGCAUGGAUGAUGGUGAGGAUGAGCCCGUUAAAAAGCCCAGGGAUUCCCAUGGGUCCACCUGGGGCAUAGUGGAGCAGCGGGAGCCUCUGGAGCCCCCCAGCACCCCCGGGUGUGAUCCUGGGAAGCUGCGACUGAUGGAGGACGCUGAGGGCUGGCAGCCCCGCACCGGGACCUCGCAGUCCCGCACCUUCCGCAAGCUGGCCCAGCUGACAGGCACAGAUGGCAUGGAGGAUGGUGAGGAUGAGAUUGUUAAAAAGCCCAGGGAUGCCCAUGGCUCCAGCUGGGGCACGGUGGAGCACCGACAGCCCCCACAGCCUCUGGAGCCCCCCAGCACCCCCGGGUGCAGCCCCGGGAAGCUGCGACUGAUGGAGGACGCUGAGGACUGGCAGCCCCGCACCGGGACCUCGCAGUCCCGCACCUUCCGCAAGCUGGCCCAGCUGACGGGCACAGACAGCAGCAGUGAGUUCCCACAGGGCCUGGCACUGCCCGGGGGUGCUGGGCUCUCCCUGGGCUGCCAGGGUCUGGCAGAGUCUGGAGUGGCACUGGAGUGUUGGUUUUGGCCCCGUGUGAUCCCUGUGGGGUGGCUGAGUCAGUGGGAGCUGGUGGGGCUGUGCGUGGUCUCGUGGUGGUGACACCGGUCUGGGGUCUGGAUCUGCCCUGUGGCCGGGCAGGGCUUUGUUUUGGGGCAGGGGUUGGUGGGAGGAGAGGUUGGUUUUCCUCUUUUCCCCCCUUUGCCCUCUUGUUGUGCCGGGGCCUCUGUCUGCGAGGACUGACUGUUUCCUCCUUUCUCUCCUGCUGCGCUCAGUGGAGGAUCAUGAUGAUGUGUUUGUUAGGAAGCCCAGGUAAGGGGAGUGUGUGGCAGCAGGAGCUGGGGGGCUGCACGUCCUGGGCAGAGCCCCUUGGGCAUUGUUGCCCCUCAGCUGGGAACGCUGAGCUGCGUCGUGGUGCCCCAGAAACAGUGGGUUGGGAGUGGCUGAUGGCACUGGCCAAAUCUCACUGGGUUGUUGUGAUGUUUGGGCAGCAUCUGGACCGUGGUGCAGUGUCCUGCAAGCCUGGCGUGGGGCUGUGGGAUAGCCGAGCUUGUGGAUGUCACCAGUUUGUCAGGAUUGUUCCUUGUUCUGUGCAGCUAGGCAGGGGGGUGGACAGCACCCCAUUUUUUGCCUUUACCUCUCUGUGACACCUCCUGCCCUGGUGCCAUGGCCCUUGGCUACCAGCUGUGCCCAGUUUGCUCUGACACAAAUAAAAGUUGGGUUUGUUGCCAUCUCCUUUUUGAAUUUGUCUUGGAGAAGCACAGAGCCACUGGCUCUCCCUCUCUCCCUGUCCCCCGUCUUUCAUUGGGCUGUGCCUCUUUAGCCCUGCCUUGCCCUGCCUGUUCCCAGGGCUGCUGAGCUGCACCCUGGGGCUCCCUGCAUCAGGCCACAUCCAGGUCCCCCUGCACCCCAAUGAGACUGGGGUGAUCAUCACAUAUUAGUAGGCAGCCAAAGUCUGUGUGGUCCCUGGGGUCCUUGUUCAGUCUGGAGAAGCCCAGAACCUUCCCUCCUGCCUCUCCCCAGACCACCACAGCGGGUACCAGAGACCCUGGGCGUGCUGUGUCUUGGCAGGACUGAAGGCCCUUGGCUCAGUACCUCAUCACUAAACCAGUUACUGCUGGGCAUGGGGGCUUGGCCAGCUCCCUCCUGCGUGUUGGGGUGGGGAGCCCUGCCUGCACCCCCUGGGCAGUGGGGGUGAGCAGGGCAGGCUGGACUGACUGCUUGU